CGUCAAAGUUUAGAUAGGAACAAGCGUAGAUUUUACACCGCCACGAGCGCUGCUUGCGUGGGGUGUCGUCUGUCGCGCUGUCUCGUCUCAACGCAGGGCGGGAAGUAUCCUACUAGGGUCAGGCUUGAACUUUUUUUACUUGAUUCUAGAUUUAUACUGCAUACUCUCAUAAGUCCAUUGCGGGAAGGCUGGAAGGAAGCACAGGGGCCAGCUAGCUCAAAUGCAGGCUCCUGGCGCAUCCGAGGCUUCGGGGGUCAGCCCGCUUCUAGCCAGCAUCAGCAGUAACGAUGCAAAGAUUCUCGCGCUGGAGAGGCGGAUGACGGGCCACGAUGCUUCCAUGGCCGCAGCGGCAUGGCCAUCCAUGGGCCCAGGCUCGCUCGCAACCGCGCCGACCUUGUCCCACGCUGCGCCAGAUGCCGCGGCUGGAGCUCGUGCCACGCAAAGGGCGUCAGACUCGGGCGUAGCGACAGGCUACGGCGGGAUUUCUCAGCGGCAGCCCUUGGCAUCGCUAGCGGUCGGUGCGCAGCUCCCAGCUCUCGGUGCCGCAGCAGCUGCCUCGGGCCCGGCUGGGCCUGGUGCGCACCCUGACGCGAAGCGCCGCCGCACGGGUGCUGGUGCAGCUGCGGCCAGCUCCCCGCCUGACGCCGGCGCCUCCGUCGCUGCGGCUGCUGCUGCUGCUGCCACCGCCGCGGUAGCGGCCGCCUCUGCCUCGGCCGCCUCCGCCGCUGCUGCGGCGGCCGCGGGGUCGGGCCGCAUGCCCCUCGGGGACAUCACGCCGCCGGCAUUGGAGCGACAGGCGUCGGGAGUGCUGCUGACCUCAACGGACGCGUCGGUGGCCGCCGCCCGCGCCGCCGCCGCCGCCGCCGCCGUCACAGCCACCACCGCCACGCCCGCAGCCGCCGCCGCGGCUCCGGGGGGUGCAGCAGCAGCAGCGGCAACCGGCGGUCGCGGCACCGGCGGCCGCUCCCGCAAGCGCAAGCAGCAGGAGCCCCGGCAUGACCCCAAGAACGCGCCCACAGGCGCCGCCGCCGCCGCGCCCAACGCCAAUGCUGCUGCGACUGCUACUGCGGCUGCUGCCGCUGCUGUUGCGGCGGCGGCGGCGGCCCCAACUCCCGCCACCGCCGCCGCGGGUAAGACGCCGCCGCUAUCGGCGCUCGUGCUGGGGACCGCCGCCACCGUCGCCGCCGCCGCCACCGCCGCCGCCACCGCCGCCGGCGCCACGGGGCAGCAGCCUGCAGGGGGCGGCGGCUCGGGCACACCCCCACACGACCCGCCACAACUGGGCCUGCAGCAGCAGCAACAACAACAGCAGCAACAACAGCCGCUACAGCCGCUGCCGCAGCCGCACUCCACACCGCGCGGCGUGGCCACCCGCCACCUCCUCUUCGACGACGGCGCCGCCGCCGCCGGGGCCGGCCGGACCUCCAGUGUGGGCGGCCGCGCCAACAGCGGCCGCGGCGGCGGCGGCGGCGCCCCCGCCUCCGCCUCGGCGCAGAAGGGCGCGCGGAGCAUCCUGAGCUACUUCCCGGCAGUGGUGGGCGCUGCAGGAGGAGGUGGUGGUGCCGGUGCCGGUGGUGGUGGUGCAGGCGGUGGUGUUGGGGCGGCGGGGUCUGGCGGGGUGGGUCUUGCGGGAGCGGUGGCGAACCUGUUUCCGGACCAGAGCUCCCGGGAUGGUCUGCCGCCGCCGCUGCACCAGCACCAGCAGCAGCAGCAGCACCAGGGGGCCUCAGCACGGGCGGCGGCGGCGGCGCAGUCCGGGCCGGGCGAGGAGUCCUCGGCGGUGGCGGCGGCGGCGCUGCAGCAGCAGGUGUCGCAGCUGCAGGCUCAGGUGAUGCAGGUGCAGUCGGCUCUGGCGGCGCAGCAGGCGGCGGCGGGGGCGGAGAUCGAGCGGCUGAGGCGGGAGCAGGAGGCCCGCAGUGCGGAGGUGGCGGCUCUGCAGGAGCGCUGCAGGGCCGCCGAGGCGGCAGCCGCCCAGUCCGCGGCGGCGGAGGCGGCGGCGCGCUCAACCCUGGAGGCGCUGCAGGCCUCCUCCUCCGCUGAUAGCUCGCGCUGGGCUGCGGAGGCGGCGGAGGCGGCGCGGGUGGCGGCGGAGCGGGAGGCGCGCUACCGGGCAGAGCUGGCGCGGCUGGUGCAGUCCUCUGCCCGCCUGGAGCGCGAGGGCUGCCGCGCCGCCCUCAGCGCCAACGCCGCGCGCCUGGGCACGCUGAGCCUGGUGCGCACCGGGCCCAUGCAGCUGGCGGAGACGUGGGAGGACGGCACGGCCUUUCAGCAGCUGGCGGCGCGGCGGGCGGCGCUGGCGGCGGCGAGGGAGGAGGUCACAGCGGCACAGAAGGCGCUGCGCAAGCGGCUCGCGCCGCCGCCCUCCGGCGCCCGCUCCGCCGCCGCCGCCGCCGCCACUGCUGCCGCUGCCGCUGCCGGGGCGGCGGAGGACUCGCACCUCCACUCCUUGGGCGGCUUCGAGCACACAAACUCGCGCACCCUCGGCGCGGGCACCGGCACAAACACCAAUGCUGGCUACCUGAUCGGUCACGAGUUUGUGGCGGCAGAUGAGGUUUUCAAGACCCGGCUGGCCCUGCUGAAGCGCGAGGAGGAGGCGCUGAGGGAGGAGGCCGAGCGCCUGGAGCGGGACAAGCUCAAGCAGAUCCGCUGCCUCAAGCUGUCGCGGGAGGAGGAUGCCAGCCGCUUCGGGCGCUGGCCGGUGCUGCCCGACCGCCCGGGGCCAGAGGGCCGGCCGCGCUACGUGUUGAUGAACCUGUUGGGCAAGGGCGGCUUCAGUGAGGUGUUCAAGGCGUACGACCUGGCCGAGGCGCGGCACGUGUGUGUCAAGAUCCACGCGCUCACACCCGGCUGGAGUGCCGUCAAGAAGGAGAGCUACGUGCGGCACGCCAUCCGGGAGUACGACAUACACCGCAGCCUGCGGCACCCGGCCGUGGUGGCGUUGCUGGACGUGUUGGAGAUCGACGCCGACACCUUUGCCACCGUGCUGGAGUGCUGCGAGGGCGGCGACCUGGACGCACUGAUGCGCGAGCACAAGACGCUGCCGGAGCGCGAGGCGCGGUGCCUCAUGGCGCAGAUAUUCAGCGGCCUCAGGUACCUGGCCUCCCGCCGCGUCAUCCACUACGACCUCAAGCCCGCCAACAUCCUGUUCGACGGCCUGGGGCAGGCCAAGAUCACCGACUUCGGGCUCAGCAAGACGGUGGGCGAGGGCUGCACGCAGGCCGGCAUCGAGCUGACCUCGCAGGGCGCCGGCACCUAUUGGUACCUGCCGCCCGAGGCCUUUGAGACGGGCGGGCCCGCGCCGCCGCGCAUCAGCAACAAGUUGGACGUGUGGUCGGCGGGCGUCAUCUUCUUCAGCCUAUUGUACGGCCGCAAGCCCUACGGCGAGUCCAUGUCUCAGGAGCAGAUGCUGCGGGAGCGCGUCAUGGCGCAGCAGCGGCAGCCGGACUUCCCAGCCAGGCCGGCGGUGAGUGCGGAGGCGAAGGACUUUAUUCGCCGCUGCCUCGCCUGGCACCAGGACCAACGCCCGGACGUGGAGGCGGCUGCCACCGACCCCUACCUCACAGGCGUGCAGCCAACACCGCAGCAGCAGCAGCAAGCAGCCGCAGCAGCAGCUGCAGCAGCAGCCGGAGGCGGCACCAAUGGCAGCAGCAGUGGCAACAGCAGCGGGGCGGCGAUGAGCAUUGGGGCAAUGCUGGCGCGGCGGUAGACAUAGAGGCAGAGGCGGAUGGCGGUUGGUCAAAUGCCAUAACCAAUGCCAGUCAGGGCCCAGCUACCGUAUUGUGGGAAAUGUGGGGAAGGGGGCAGGAAGGAGGAGGCUUGACGCGGGCCUGUGGUGUGUGUGGUGCUGGGUUGGGGCAGAGAGGUGGGUUAGGCUUGCGGGCGUGCGCAAUUUGUUUCUGAAACCAAUGCCUCUGGUCAUUCAAGCCCAGCCCGACAGUAUAGCAUGGCUCACAUGGAGGGCGGCUGCAGGAGGUCAGACAGCACAGCAGUGCACCCGUAAGGCAGGUUCAUGUAGUGUGGCAGGAGUAUGCAGCGGCGCGGUCGCAAAGUUUGUGGCCGUUGGAGGCUUCGUGGAUUGGCAGUAGUGACCUUGGUAGUGACGGCGGUUGGCACGGCUGUGCGUGCGAAAAUGAGUCUGCGGGAGCAUGGCAUGAUUGGGCAGGAAGAUUGCACUGGUUGCAAGAGGGACCUGCUGACGUAAUUCACGAGCCAGUGAUGUGGAACGCAAUCACCCUGUUCUGGACCCGAGAGGAGGAAGGUACAUGUCGGGGUUAUCGGCUUCACAAGGGCCCCUGGGCCGGGGCCUCGGUUUCUACAGGGACAGGAAUGCACGUCGUGCUCACCACUGUGUAACCAUACACAAGA